CCGCAAGCGCAGUUCCAAGAGUACACGUCAUUAAGCAGUCAUGGCGGUCUCGCUGCAAGACAAGCAGAAAGAAAUGUUGCUCCACAUGCUCGAGUUCAACGUCGAUGGCGCGACGGAAGCCGCAAAUGCGGACCGGUGGGGCGAGCAAUGGAAGGUCUUGGUGUACGAUAACUUCUGCCGUGACAUCAUCUCGCCGAUUCUUAAACUCCACGAGCUCCGCAAGAAGGGAGUGACGCUGCACAUGUUGCUUGACAGUGAUCGCGAAGAAAUCCCGGACGUGCCGGCAAUCUACUUUGUCCAGCCAACAACAGCCAACCUCCAACGAAUUAUCCAAGACUGCACCAAGGAACUGUACAGCUCGAUGCACUUGAAUUUCGUGUCGCCGAUUCCCCGCGACAAGCUUGAAGCAUUUGCAAAAGGCUGCGUGGACGCCGGGUGCACAGCCAUGAUAUCCAAGGUGUUCGAUCAGCACGCCAACUUUGUGUCACUUGAGCCCCAGCUCUUUUCGUUGAACCAGCCAAGCAGCUACGUCGCAUGGAACGAUGCCAAAUCGUCUGAUGCGACCAUCGACGCCACCAUGUCGUCCAUCGCUCAGGGGUUGUUUUCCAUCCUGGCGACUCUCGGGACCGUCCCAGUCAUUCGGUGUCCUCCGACGGAAGGUCCAUCGCGCCUCGUCGCCGAACGCCUCACGCAAACCCUUCGCGAUCACUUGACAAAGCGCACUGGCAUAUUUAACGACUCGGGCGCUUCGUCGUUCCAGCGCCCCGUUUUAAUCAUUUUGGAUCGAAAUGAAGACCUGACGUCGAUGCUGCACCACCCGUCGACAUACCAGGCGUUGGUCGACGACAUGCUUGGCAUCAAACUGAACCGCGUGGCGUUCAAAGUGCCCAACGACAAAGGUACGCUGGUCGACAAGUCGCAGGACUUGGACGUCAAGUCGGACAAAUUUUUCGAGUCGACGGCGGGGAUGCUGUUUCCGGACGCGAUUGCGAGUCACGAAGAAGAGCUCAAGGUUGUCCUGAAGAAGGAAAAGGACAUCUCGGCCAAGGCGGGAAGCGGCGGCAACAGCACCAAGGAACUCGCCGCUGCGGUCGACACGCUUCCGGCGCUGCUCGAGAUGAAGAAGACGCUGGAAGUGCACACGAACGUGUUCCAAGCCACGAUGGAUGCCGUCACGUCUCGCCAGGUCCCGGAAUACUCGAUGCUCGAACAACGUUUGAUUGAAGGGUUCAAUGUCCCACCUGCCGAAGUCGUUGCGUUGCUCAGCGAAAAGGGCAGCGCCGAAGACAAAGUGCGCCUCCUCAUGAUCUACUACCUCACGACGGGCGCGUCGUCCGGCGAGAUCGCAGACUUCGAAGCCAUCUUACGCCAACCCAUGACCGACUCGACCGCCGCGCUCGCGGUAUUUGACAACGCGUGGAAAUUUAUCAAGCAGCAUACAUCCCUCCAAAAGCACGCGAGUGUCGGAUCGUCUUUCCUGGCCACCGACGCGCCUGCUUCGAACGCGACGGCGGCAUCCAAGCUAAAAGGCCUUGCAAACAACUGGGCCGGCACCUUUGCUGGCCAGGCGCAAGGAUGGCUCACGCAAGCCGCUGAACAGUUCAAGAAUUUUUUGCCGGAAAACAAAAAGCUGCAGCUCACGCGCGUCGCCGACGCCAUUUCGGAGCUUCGAGCAAACACAGAAGACGAGAGCUAUCUGUACUUGGACCCCAAAAUCAAACCGGGUAGCGGACAGGUCCCUCGGCAACGUACGCCGUUCCGCGAUGUGAUCGUGUUCGUCAUCGGUGGUGGCAAUUACAACGAGUACCAAAACCUGCAAGCAUAUGCAAAGGUGCGCAAGAGACAACGGUGGAUUGAUCACGAUAACGGUUCGAAUGGUAGGCCCAGCCGUCGACGCACCCGCGGCAAAUCUUGUAUGGGUGCACGGAACUCCUGACCCCGAACGAGUUCUUGCAACAACUCAACCAAGUGCACACGUAGCCCGUGCCCAGAUUGAGUCUACAUAUCGGAUAAUGGGACAUCUUUACUUUUCAAACGAGCUCCACGCCACAGUUCCUUUCUUCUUGGACGCCACGGCCGCGUCUUGCUCGAUCAAACCAUCAAGGUAGUGUGACAAGUACGCGAGGACGACGCAAAGCCCCGUCGCUGCUACACUAUCACCAACACACCGAACAUGAAGGCCGAGCUCGUCUCGCCUCUUCUGGCCAUACCUCUGCUUGUUCGAGAUGUUGCGGAACGGGAUGAACAUGUCGAACCACACCUGGCACUUCG